AUGAGCGCUGCGCUCAGCGUAAACGAUUUCAACACUCUAUCGGGCUCCUUUGUUAAUGAUGGUGGUGCAUGGAACUUCCGAAGAUCGGAUGGGGAUGUGAACGCUGGAACAUCGUCUAUCAAAUGGUGCAGUGAUGUUGGAAGAUGUCUAUCCAUCUGGGUCUAUCCCAGUGCCUCUCAGCCAAGUUACUCGGUGCAAGUCGUCGCAAACGUCUCGGUCCCAAUGGACCAAUAUGGAAAUGCAAACGCCGUAGAUUUCAACUGGGGCUAUAGCGUCGAGUGGGCAUCCUCAAAGACGGCUCGGGGGACAUCCCUCACUUCCACAUCUCAAGUCGGGAGCGCGCAAUUUUCCAAUUCGUUUGCAGCAGAUGAUUAUGAGGAGUUACUACACACUCGCCAGACGUGGAUAAAUUCACCGUUUUCACACCGAGGUACAACUAUUGUAACCAAAUAUGGGGGCACCACAGGCUACUUUUCUGUCCAGAUUGGUCUCACGUUUCCCCGUGAGAGCGGCGCGUACAUCAACUAUUACAUCAAGGGAGCAUCGUUGCAGAUCACAUCUCCAAUACAAGUCGUUAACCCACCUACUUCAGAGACAUCUACUUCGACACAAUCCUCUUCGACUUCCUCGUCGUCUUCAUCCUCGUCCACGUCGAGUAGCUCAAGCAGCUCGACUUCGCACUCGCAAAUCUCGGCCCUCCCGUCUCUCAGUUCAAGUACUUCUACGCCAGUUCCCAGCUCCUCAAGUGAUGCAUCGAUCUCCUCGACUCAACAUCCUGAAACAAAGAAUGCCUCAACGCCGGCCAUCGUCGGAGGGGUCGUUGGAGCUGUUGCUCUCUUGGCCAUCAUCGUCUUCCUUGUUCUUUUCUACAGAAGGAAGCAAAAACAAAGUCAGAUCCAGCUUCCGACAUCGGAGAUGGACGAUCGCAGCUUCGCCGUCGCACCGUGGAUGACACCAAACUCUGAAAGCAAUCUCCUCGCCUUUCAGCCCAACCCAACACCUAAUAACAACGAGCCAUUUGCUAUCCCACCGCAUCCAAAUAACAUGCCGCUCGGCUAUGGAAACGGCUUUGGUGUACCUCCUCACGCGCAACAAUUGCAACGAACCCCCGAAGGAGUCGAUGAUUCAAACGCCCAGUCUCCUCGAAGCUCUUAUUCUCACUGGGCUAAUCCCAUGUACGCCGGGAAUAAUGCGGCCUUUUCGCCAAUGACUCUCCGCACCGACAUCCCACCACCGGCUUACAUCGCACCGAGCCAAGUAUUCCGCACACCACGGUCCGCUGGCUCCAAUACCCGACCCUUGCCCGCUCCCUCGAUAGCAGAGAGCGUGCCGACGUCAGACUCGAUUCCACUUUCGACCGUUGGUUCCUCGGGCUUUGUCGCUGGUGAUGCAGGCCUGUCGCAAUGGGCAAGAGAGAAUCGACAUUACAUAACAGAAAAGCUGGAGAUGAAGUUGGAUGCAGCGGGUUACGUCCCAACGGAUGAUCCUGAUAACAUCUCUGAAGAGGAAUGGAAGCGCGAGUGGGGAGUUACGAAACUUGAGCUGACGAGGAUGCGCGGUCUUUAUGCACGUUCGCGAAUUUGA